AUGAAUCCUCACAUCUCAGUUCCCCGCCAACAUGCGGGCUCUGCAACCUUUGGCUCAACCCCUGCUGCCCGGUCCAAUGUCCGGAUGCCGCGCUUCUUCAAAAGGCUCUUCAAAUUCCCCCAGAUGGACUUCGAGAUGGCUGUCUGGGAGAUGACUUCAUUGUUGAUCGCCCCCAAGAAGGUUUUCAAGUCGAUAUACUACCAUAAACAAACCAAGAACACAUGGCACCGGCCCGACCCAUCAUUCACCUAUCUGCUAUCCUUCUUCCUCCUCCUCACAGCGUUCGCAUGGGGCUUGGCCUACACCCCGAGCUUCGGUGCCAUUGUUCGCCUGACGUUCCUAUUUGUGUUCGUACAUUUCAUCGGCUCCUCGCUCCUGAUCUCCACAAUCGGAUACUUCAUCAUCGGGAAGCUGUUUGGGCCUGAUGGGGCCGCCGCCUCACUCGCUGGUCUGCGGGGAUCCCGAGGUCGGAGACGAGGUGCAGCACAAGGCCUGUUCAUGCAGCCAGGAGAGAAGGAUCAAUUGGAGUUUGGAUACUGUUUUGAUGUAUCCAACCGCGCCUUCUUCCCUCUCUACCUCCACUUGUAUGUGGUGCAGUUCCUUCUGCUACCGCUACUCACUCGCAGCCCCAGCAACUUCCUGGCGACCUUCCUGGGCAAUUCCCUCUACCUCUCCGCCCUGAUCUACUACACCUACAUCACUUUCUUGGGGUACAACGCGCUCCCCUUCCUGCACAACACGGAGCUCUUGCUUGUGCCCAUCCUCAUUUUUGCUGUUCUCUGGUUGGUGAGCUUGAUUGCCGGUUGGGGAAUUGUCAUGCAAGGCCGCAGCGUGGAAGGACUGCUGUUGGGCGUCUGA